CUGCCCGGUUGAGGCAGCACGUGAUACGGCGCGGCUAUUUAAUGUGGCGACUCAAGGCGCUGAAGCUAUGCAUUGGCUCAGGCAGGAAUUCAUUGUCUAAUGCAGGAACCAGUGGGCUUGCUUAUUAUACGCAGCUAUUUGUUUAAAAUCAAUGCAUUGAAAUUAUCCUUGCGAGCUCCGGUAAAAUAACUUGGAAAACUAAUUUUAAAAGGUUAAAAGCCAAGAAAAAUCAUGAUAAAUCAGGAUUCGGCCGAAUGGUUGAUUAUGGUAAGAUUAUUGGAUCUAGUGGGAUAAUUACGCAGGUUGCGUAUUUCUUUGUUAUUAAAACGUUCGACUAAUAAGCGAUAUCGAAGACGCAUCUGAAAGGAUGGUGGCUGGGUUAUAAAUAUGGUGAAGGAUGAAUGUAAAACGCUUUUGAAUGCUCUGAACAAAGUGUCCGCUUGCUAUCGACAUUUGGUUACGUGUGCUGGUGGGACAUCGGACUCGCAAUAUCUACGGGAAGAGUUAAAGAAAACCAGGCGAAAAGCACAGGUAUUAGCAGUUGCUAACAAAAACAAGCUAACAACUAUUUUAAAGGACAAAAGUAUCAGUAAAGAUGAUCGAGCCGAAUUCGAGCGGCUGUGGGUACUAUUUUCGACGUGUAUGGAGGUCUUGGAGAUCGACAUGAGAAGGGCUUUGGAACUGGGGCAAGAGUUCCCAUUGAGUGCUCCCACGAAACGCCUGAUUCAGACGGGGGUGGUUGGCGGCACAUCUGCGGUAGCCGCCCGUGCCAUGAAUAUUCAGAAUAUGAAAUACGACGAGGGGAACAACAUAGACACUGCUGAUCUGAACGAUUUGGAACAAGAAAUCAAUGAAGUCGGGGAAAUGAUCUACGAAAUGGACAUGAAAGUGAACGUUCUUCAGUGGACCGUAGAAGCAAAGCAAGGCCCCGGCUCCGAGCUGAAGUCUACUGUCACUGCUGGCGCUUCGUCCCUUGCUGUGGUGUGCGCCAACGGUGGGGGCAACGAGAAACUAUGUGACACCAACAAGGUUUUUGCUGGAACGAUGUUCAGCGCUGUAUUAAUAAUUGCCAUUGUUCUAACCGUGUGUAUUGUAAAAUUUGCUUAACACUUCAAUUUCCUCGUUGUUGCGAAGAAAUGAUUUGACCCUUCCGUCUAUGCGAGGUAGUGUUGGUUGUUAUGUUACAGUAGAAGUGGUACAACGUAAAUAUUCAGGUACUUCAACUGAAAUGUACAAUGGCAAUGUUUUAAAUUAAUGUUCAGUAGAAAACCACAUGUUCUCGCUGUACCCGCCAUUAAUCGUUAUUGUAUUAAUACCUUAAUUUUGAUAGAUUUGACAACUGCGAAAUGUUACGCCCUCAUUUCUUCAACUAAAAGUGAGAUGUCUUUC